AUGGAAACAAUAACAUGGGCUAUUCACCUUCCUGAUGGUUUGAGUACUUCGAACUUCUUGGAGAAAAUUUGUGAUCCUUGUGCGACUUGUAACACAAACAAAAACGAGAUUCGAGACUGGUUCUAUCUUGAAAUGAAGAAAAUGAUCACUUUCCGUGGUCAUGGCAGUCUUUACAACAGCGGAAACAACCGUUAUCACAACAGUCACAAUUUCAACCGCAUCGGCCGUUUCAACAGUAAAAUUGGUCUUGAAGAUGAUUCUAUUGAGUGGGAAGCAUUCGAAGAUGAUGAAAUACUGACCUUGCUGAAAUUGAUCGGUUUUGGAAUAACAAAAUUCAAUUUCACCAUAAAAAGUGAUUCGGAAAUAGAUGUUGAAUAUGAAGGAUACCAAUUGAAAACACAAUUCAUGAAACUCAUGAGAGACAGGUAA